AUGGCCGAUUCAGAGGAGCGCCGCUCUCCCUCCGUUUCCACGGGAUUGCGCCAAAAGGGCCGUGGAAUGCGGGAGGAUGCCACUGGUCGAGACGAACGGUAUGCGGGGAAGUCUGGAAUCUUUGAGCGACUGGACGACACCGGCGAGAGCAAGCGGAGGGAUAAGGGGAAAGGCCCCGCCCCAGCCAGAUCUGUCGAGGGGUGGGUUGUUGUGGCUACCAACAUCCAUGAAGAAGCCCAGGAAGAAGACCUACACGAAGCUUUCGAUGCCUUCGGAGCCAUAAGGAACUUGCACAUGAACCUUGACAGACGCUCAGGGUUCGUGAAGGGCUAUGCCUUUGUGGAAUACGAGACGUAUGACGAGGCGAAGGCUGCCAUCGAUGGGAUGAACGGGCAGGAACUGCUAGGCCAGAAGGUGGCUGUCAGCUGGGCUUUUGUGCGUCAACCAGAGAAGCGCAAGUGA